AGUUCGCCGACUCGCCAUCUUCAUCCUGUUGUUGUUAGCUUGCAAGCUAGACGGGCUAGCUGCUCCCAGCAUCUUCAGCAGUAAAACGAAGUCACGCCAAGAUUUAAAAGUCAAAGUUGUGUUGUUGUAGCUGAUUCAACACUACCUCUCUCCCGUCAUCAUGGACGAGGAAUAUUACAGCGGCAGCGGAGACUGGGAAGGCACGGGGGAGGGUCCCAUGGAUUAUGUGGAAGGAGAAAAUGAUGGGAAGAUCCAGGAAGACUGUUUGCAGAAAUUCUCCAGCCGGGAUUACAUCAUGGAGCCUGCCAUCUUCAACACACUCAAAACGUAUUUUCAAUCAGGUGGCUCUCCAGAACAUGUCAUCCAGCUUCUCUCUGAAAACUACUCUGCUGUGGCUCAGACCGUCAAUCUGCUGGCAGAGUGGCUCAUCCAGAUGGGUGUAGAGCCCGCUCAGGUCCAGGAGCGAGUAGAAAAUCACCUCAAGAGUCUCCUGAUAAAACACUUUGACCCUCAGAAAGCUGAUUCCAUUUUCACUGUCGAGGGAGAGACUCCUGCUUGGCUCGAGCAGAUGAUAGCACACACUACAUGGAGAGAUCUUUUCUAUAAGCUGGCAGAGGCUCACCCAGACUGCCUGAUGCUCAACUUCACUGUAAAGCUCAUUUCAGACGCAGGUUAUCAAGGUGAGAUUACCAGUGUAUCCACAGCGUGCCAGCAGCUGGAGGUUUUCUCGCGGGUGUUAAGGACGUCUUUAGCGACGCUGCUGGACGGAGGAGAAGAAAACCUGGAGAAGAACCUGCCAGAAUUUGCUAAGAUGGUGUGUCACGGUGAGCACACUUACCUCUUUGCCCAGGCGAUGAUGUCCAUCCUCUCUCAGGAGGAGCAGGGCGGUUCAGCUGUUCGUAGGAUUGGCCAGGAGGUGCAGAAGUCAGCGCAUGAGAGAGGUCACGAUGCCAGUCAAAUAACCCUGGCGCUCGGCACAGCAGCCGCCUACCCUCGAGCCUGCCAGGCGCUCGGUGCCAUGUUGUCUAAAGGAGCCCUGAAUCCUGCAGACAUCACAGUUCUGUUCAAGAUGUUCAGCAGCAUGGACCCGCCUCCUGUGGAGCUGAUCAGAGUGCCGGCCUUUCUGGACCUGUUCAUGCAGUCUCUGUUUAAGCCCGGAUCAAAGAUCAACCAAGACCACAAACACAAAUACAUCCACAUCCUGGCUUAUGCUGCCAGCGUGGUUGAAACAUGGAAAAAGAACAAGCGAGUCAACAUCAACAAAGACGAGCUGAAGUCGACUUCCAAGGCCAUAGAGACCGUGCACAACCUGUGCUGCAAUGAAAACAAAGGAGCCACAGAGCUGGUGGCUGAACUCGGCACUUUGUAUCAGUGCAUCCGGUUUCCAGUAGUUGCUAUGGGGGUUUUGAAAUGGGUGGACUGGACGGUAUCUGAGCCGCGGUACUUCCAGUUGCAGACAGACCACACUCCAGUUCAUUUAGCUUUACUUGACGAGAUCUGUACGUGUCACCAGCUGCUGCACCCGCAGGUGCUCCAGCUGCUCAUCAAGCUUUUUGAGACGGAGCACUCUCAGCUGGACGUCAUGGAGCAGCUGGAGCUGAAGAAGACUCUGUUGGACCGGAUGGUUCAUCUGCUGAGUCGUGGCUACGUCCUGCCCGUAGUUGGUUACAUUCGCAAGUGUCUGGAGAAACUCAACACGGACAUCUCCCUCAUUAGAUAUUUUGUCACUGAGGUGCUGGAUGUGAUCGCGCCUCCCUACACAUCAGACUUUGUUCAGCUCUUCCUGCCCAUCCUGGAGAACGACAGCAUCGCAGGAACAAUCCGCACAGAGGGAGAACAUGACCCUGUUGCAGAGUUUAUUGCUCAUUGCAAGUCAAACUUCAUCAUGAUAAACUGAUGUGGACAGGACACUGAAGAUUGUACCAGGAAAACCUCAUAGAGACAAAGGAUCUGUUGUCACUUAACGCUCUGCUUGAUGUUGACGCACAAAGCACCAAGACAGACUUUUCAGUUUGAACAAGUGGACAAUUUCUUUUUCUUGAGUCAACAAAGGUAAAUGUCAAACAGUUGAUGUAAAAGUACAGUAAUGUGACAGACGGGUCAAAGGACAAGCCUCUGAAGAUGCAGCUAAGUGUUUUCUUUUUCACAUGUAUAUUUGAUUUUUCUAUAUAUUAUGUUUGUGCUCAAGCUAUUUUAAAAUAAAAAAAACUUGAACAUGUA